CAGAAUCAUCAUCGUGGUCGUCUUCCUUAUCCGAGGUCAGGUCAAUGGGUUCAGACUCGCCCCAAUGCGUGGAUAUACCCCAAGGCCCGCGGCGUCGGGUGCAUCGUACUGGCUAUCUUCAAAGCUGUGAACAGGAGCGACAAUGAUCAUGCAUAACACUGAACAGGGAAGUAGCCAGUUUGGAUUCCAAGUCCAGAUUUGGUUCUUUACAGCAAUGUUGAAUGCAGUAUCGUCUCGUCUGCAAGUGAUUUCAGUGAAGCUGUUGGGAAACAUCGCCUCGCGGCGCUUGACCGGGCCCCGAUCGUGGGAGAGUCCACUGCUCACGGCGCCUAUGCCAGUCCUGUCCUGGUCCCACCCUGACACCUAUGUCUUCUAUACAUGCCACACAAGGCGAUAGCGACGAUAACCAUCUGGGACAUCCUGUAACUCUGAGGAUGACGGCCAAUCCGAAAGUCAAGGACGUUCGUGCACAGAUCGACGACGAUUCGAGGGCAUCUGAUGACUCUAGAGAUGAAGACCAUCCUGGAGCAGCUCGUUCCAGCUGGAAUCAUUGCGAUGACGGCCAGCAGCCAGAAGUCGAAAAUGGAACAGCUUACUCGCGGCGCCGCCGACGAAAGUCGAGGCGCAAGACAAUGGGCAUCCACCGUCCUGAAUAUGUCGUCAGAGGGAGUGAUCCAUUUGACUAUGAGCAAAAGUUCCCCGAAGAUAAACGGUACGAGGAGAUGGGACCAACGGCUAGAGUAUGGAGAACGUACCUUGAAUAUCUUGAGAUGGUUGAAGGGUGGAGAGACGCCUUGGAUGUCCUUCUCGUUUUUGCCGGUCUCUUCUCGGCCGUGGUCACCACUUUUGUUGCACAGAUAUCCCAAAGCCUGCAGGUUGACUACGGCCAGGUGACCGCUUUGCUUCUCAUCGAGCUCAUUGACGUCCAACGCUCAGCGGCGAACGGUUCCCUUGUGAAUGAUGUCCCUCGCUCGGACCUCACCUUUCAUCCCUCGGCAUCCGACUCAUGGGUUAACGGUCUAUGGUUUACCAGUCUCUCCCUCAGGCUUUCCACUGCACUGUUUGCUGUUUUGACGAAACAGUGGAUCCACCAGUAUAUGUCGAUCCCAUCAGGAACACCACGGGACAGGUGCCGCCUGCGUCAAUUCCGCUAUAUGGGACUGCAACAGUGGGGCGUGGAUUUCGUUAUCGGGCUGCUUCCCGUCCUCAUGAGUGUAUCUCUUGCCGUGUUCCUGGUGGGAUUGGUUCUCUUUAUCAUCUCCCUUCGGGUGUCCAUCGUAUCUGUCGUCGGAGCCAUUGCCUCCGUUUCAUUUGCUGCGUACUUGGCCACGAAUUUCUUUCCAAUCCUAUAUCCCUCAUGUCCCUACAAGACACCGCUAUCGCGGUACAUCUUCCCUCUUUAUGUUAUAUCAUGGACAAUACCGCCUUGUUUAAUCGGACUGAUUUGAAAAUCCUCAAUUUUUACUCCCCCUCGACUCCGACAAAACCAGCCCCAUGACGCGCACUCAAAGAUGCUGAAAUUGCAGCUGUCGAGCGAUAUGCAGAUGACAUGGAUGUACACGCUCUGUCCUGGCUAUAUUCAAUGUCAUCCA